AUGACUACACAGAGACAGAUGAUAUUGCAGCUUUAUAGGAAUAUGUGUAGAGAGGCUAAUAAGUUCUCAAGUUACAACUUUAGAGAGUACUCCAAGCGUAGGAUAGCAGGAGGAUUCAGAGAGAACAAGAACGCUACACCAGAUCAGACCCAAUCACUCAUCACUCAAUCAAUGAAUGAUUUCGAGAUGCUAAAGAGACAGACUACAAUCAACUCAUUAUACGCUCAUAGAAAGAUCGUUAUUGAG